AUGGAUGAGAGAAGCUGCUGGACAAACCAGCAGCUCUGUGCUAAGGGGCCGCGCCCUAAGGGCCUAUCUCUGCAACUGCGUCACAGCGUUCCGACAAUUCACUCGAAGUGGGAGAAACACGCAAAUGAUCAAGAUAGCGAGCUCACUUCGAGCAGCAGUGGGUCUCCGGUUCCUACUAAAGUCGAUCAAUCAAUAAAUCCCAAAUUAUCUGAACCAUCAGCAGCGCCACGCCGAUCGGCUCGCAUAUCAGAAUUAAGGAGUCAGUCACCAUCUGAAUCAACAUCUGAAUCGCCAUCAACGCAACGCCGCCCAUCAGAAUCAGUGGGUCCAUCAUCAUCUCUACGGCCGUCAUCGCCACCUCCUCAAGGUAGAAAAAGGACACCUACGUAUAUCUUUCCGGAAAAUGGUGAUCUUUUAUAUCGUAAUAGAGUUGCUUUUGCAAUAUAUCAUGAACGGCUUGAUGAGUUUGUCUUAAUUACGCCAGAUCGCCAAAUAGUAAACAAGAACGGUACACCAAAAAGAGUGACGCUUCAAGAUUUGAAAAAAGAUGAUCUACUUAUACAAGGAAAUCGUAUGAAAGGACUGUAUUCAGUGAUAAAUUACAAAUUUGUGCUGCUGCCUCCAAAUUGGCAAAGGCUUAUUGCUCCAUAACUAUAACCAACUUUUGUCCUACUUCAGACUUCAAUGGUGAUGUUUUGAUAAAGAAACUGCACAACUUCUAAAGCGAUUCGAGAUAUUUAAUGAACGUAAA